AUGGUGGACUGUGGUGCAGGCAUUGAGAGUGAUGAUGCAGGCAUUGGAGGCAGUAAUGAAGGUGUGGUGGAUUGUGAUGCAGAUGCUGGGGCCGAUCCGUUUCUUGUGCUUUAUUAAUUGUCCAGGUGCACAGAAGAUGGAUGUCCUCACAAGAAGUUUUUUCACACCCGUUUUCUUAUGCGAAUGAGGCUGACACCAGACUGUUCCAAAAUGUUGAUCUCAACCUCCUCUGGAUAUCUUCUGAUUUUGCAUGACCUUGACCUAAACAAAUCUUUAGAUGUUGGCAGCUACCCAAUUUUAAGAGCUAGGAGGACUACAUCAAGUUCAGACAUAACAUCAGGUUCCUCUGGUCCUCGAGCUGUUGGUUCACCAUGUCAACAGAGCGAUGCAGUCCAGCUGUCUGAGAAACACUUGUCACGGACCUCCCAGCGAGAAGGUGGAUCACCUAGAAAUAGUUUGGAGGUCUUAACACCAGAGGUUCCUGGGGAAAGAGAUCGGGGCAAUUGCAUUACAUCACUGCAGCUACAUCCAAAAGGGUGGGCUACGCUUCUUCGGUGCUCAAGUAACACAGAUGACCAGGAGUGGACUUGUGUCUAUGAAUUCCAGGAAGGUGCCCCCGUGCGCCCUGUCUCACCUCGUUGUUCCCUGCGAUUGACUCAUUGCAUUGAAGAAGCCAACGUUGGCCGGGGUUACAUCAAAGAACUUUGUUUCAGUCCUGAUGGCCGGAUGAUUUCAUCCCCACAUGGCUUUGGAAUCCGUUUGUUGGGGUUUGAUGCAUACUGCAGUGAACUUGUUGACUGUUUGCCCAAAGAAGCUAGUCCCCUGAAAGAAAUCCGCUCCCUCUACUCUCACAAUGACGUCGUACUGACAACCAAGUUCUCCCCAACGCACUGUCAGAUUGCCUCGGGGUGCCUUAGUGGACGUGUGUCUCUGUAUCAGCCAAAGUUUUAG